CUUGCGUUUGCUGUCUUUUUUUUACCAAUCUGCUAUAGCUUUUCGUUAACUAGGUAGUAGUAACCUUUUUACCAAUCUUGUUUUGUUCAUGUGAUAGCAAGAACAGGGUGCUUGUGAUUUGAUAGCGUACAAAAAUCAUCUGCCAAAAACUAUAUUCACAACACCAAAGAUGGUUGCUGCCAACUCUCAAGAUGUAAUUAGAUUGGUGCGGGAGAUGGAUAAGAGACUAUUCGUGCCAAACAAGAAUGCUGCAGGGAGCGAGAAUCAGCCGCCAUGGGAAUUUAGUAUGGAGCCAUUGAAAAAUAUGGGGCAGCCGUAUCUCGCAGCAGAUUGGUUUAACAGUAAGGAAGAGCAGAUCCAAUUUUAUGCUGAAAAGGCUCUAGAGUCCUACAAUCGAGACAAUCCGGAGGCUAAGCUGACAUUGGUGGAAGCUGUAAUGAGCUUUCGGGUGAUACCACCAUGUGUUCCCAUGCACGUACAUGUCAACUUCAGAGCCAAGGACAAAGAUGGCACUGUCCAUCUUGUUUUUGCCGAAUUAACCUUUGAUGUUGACCCUAUCUUGGUCUCUUUCUGCAUCCUAGAACCAGGAGAUUCCGACGAUUAUUCUCACCAUCGGAAAGGGUGUGGAGAGUGUGACCCUGAGAGUCCUAUCCCACUCUAUCACCCUCCUGACGAUAGAUUUAAGCACGGGAAGGGGGUGACUUACCGUCGGCUGCCCCCAUUACCUCCGCCUAGUGAGAGUUUGGAAGAUAUUCCUGAAAAGUUUAGGAGCUUCUUCUGCAAAAAGCGUAGACCGCCUACUUGUGCAAUGUCACAGUGAAACAACUGAACAAGGAACUCACUCGAUCGCCUUCCAAAAGAAGUGCCGCAAUGAAACGAUAGCUUCUCG